AUGGCCAAGUCAUGGCUGUCGCCGCCAUUGAUUAUGCUCCUCGGAGCCUUCUUCCUCUUCUCCACCAGUGUCAUUGCCGGUGCGGCUGUGCUCGGCGUCGAUUUGGGAACAGAGUACAUCAAAGCCGCGCUCGUCAAGCCAGGAAUCCCUCUCGAAAUCGUCCUCACAAAGGAUUCGCGGCGGAAAGAAACGUCGGCCGUCGCCUUCAAGCCCUCCAAGGGCGGUCCUAAAGCGGGUCAGUACCCCGAGCGCUUGUAUGGCGCAGAUGCCAUGGCGAUUGCGGCACGGUUUCCCGAUGAAGUCUACCCGAACCUCAAGACGCUCCUCGGCCUCCCCGUCGGCGACGCCUCUGUUCAAGAAUACGCUGCCCGCCACCCUGCGCUGCGGUUACAGGCGCAUGCGGUUCGCGGCUCCGCCGCCUUCAAGACUAGCACCUUGACCCCGGACCAAGAUGCCUGGAUGGUCGAGGAGCUGCUGGCCAUGGAGCUUCAGAGCGUGCAGAAGAAUGCCGAGGCUGCUGCCGGUGACGGCACCUCGGUGCGAUCUAUUGUCCUCACCGUCCCGCCCUUCUACACCAUUGAAGAGAAGCGAGCAGUGCAGCUGGCAGCCGACUUGGCUGGUCUCAAGGUUCUGAGCCUGCUCAGCGACGGUCUGGCCGUUGGCUUGAACUACGCCACCAGCCGACAGUUCCCCAACAUCAAUCAGGGCGAAAGGCCCGAGCACCAUCUCGUCUUCGACAUGGGUGCUGGUUCGGCAAGCGCCUCGGUCCUGCGGUUUCAGAGCCGUACCGUCAAGGACGUUGGAAAGCUCAACAAGACGGUUCAGGAGGUACAGGUGCUUGGCAGUGGCUGGGAUAGGACUCUGGGGGGCGAUUCUCUCAACUACCUGAUCAUGGACGACAUGGUCUCGCAGUUUGUAGAGUCCAAGGGAGCCAAGAAGAUGUCAGCCACCGCCAAGGACGUCAAGGCCCACGGCCGAGCCAUGGCGACGAUCGCCAAGGAAGCCGAGCGGCUGCGGCACGUCCUGAGCGCCAACCAGAACACCCAGGCUAGCUUCGAGGGGCUCUACCAGGACGUUGACUUCAAGUACAAGGUUACGCGAGCCGACUUCGAGGCCAUGGCCGAGACCCACGCCGCGCGAAUCGGCGCCGUCAUCAACGAAGCGGUCAAGGCGUCUGGUCUGGGGCUCAGCGACCUCACUUCUAUAAUCCUGCACGGCGGAGCCACUCGGACGCCGUUUGUGCACAAAGCCCUCGAGAAGGCCGCGGGCUCUGCCGACAAGAUUCGAUCCAACGUAAACGCUGACGAGGCCGCCGUCUUUGGCGCCGGCUUCCGGGCCGCCGACCUCAGCCCCAGCUUCCGCGUCAAAGAGAUUCGAAUCUCCGAGGGGCCCAUGUACGCCUCGGGCUUGAAGCGGGACAACGCCAAGAAGCCGCAGCGACAGCGCCUCUGGACCGCCAACUCUCAUCUCGGCGGCGCUCCCAAGGAGCUGACGUUCCACGACACCAAGGACUUUGCUCUCACCUUCUACCAGCAAGUCGGCUCCCAGGACAGGGAGACGGCCUCUUUGCUGACCAAGAAUCUCACCGCAACCGUGGCAGCCAUGAAGGAAAAGUACCCGUCCUGCGUCGAUUCCGGCAUCGUCCUCAAGCUCGGGGUGAGGCUGAGUGCCGAAAAUGGAGAAGUCCAAGUGCCGAGGGCGGCAGUCGAGUGCGAGGCCGAGGUGACGGUCAAGGAGCGGUUCGUGGAUGGGGUCAAGAACCUGUUUGGCUUCGGCAGCAAGAAGGAUCAGCAGCAGCAGCAGCCCCUCAACGGCGACAAGGCAAAGGUCGAGCCGGCCAAGCGCCAAGGGUCCGAGGAGGCCGUCAAGCGAGACAGCAACAAGGCAGCCACGGCAAGCGCCUCUUCCGCGCCCAACGACAAAUCCGGCGCCUCUUCCGGCUCCUCCACCGAGGAGGGGGAUGAGGAGGAAGGGAACGAGGAGGGGGAGGAGAAGGAGGUCAAGAAGAAGCAAAUCGUCGAGAUGCCGGUGGAGAUCACCUUGGACAAGGCCGGCGUGCCCAAGCUCUCCAAGGCCGAGCUGACCAAGGUCAAGGAUCGGCUCCAGGCGUUCGCUUCGUCCGACAAGGCCAGGCUGCAGCGCGAGGAGGCCCUCAACCAACUAGAGGGAUACACGUACAAGGUGCGGGAUCUCCUCGAGGGAGACGCCUUCAUCGCCGCGUCCACGGAAAAGGAGCGCACCACGCUGGCCGCAAAAGCCAGCGAGACCAGCGACUGGCUCUACGAAGAGGGCUCCGACGCCACCACCGAGGUCCUCCGAGCGAAGCUCAAGGCCCUCCAGGACAUCGUCAACCCCGUCCAGAGCAGGAUCGAGGAGGCGCAAGCCCGUCCCGCCAAGCUCGCCUCCCUGCGGGAAGUGCUCGAGCGCACGGGCGACUACAUUGACAGCAUGCACAAGCAAAUAGCAGAGUACGAGCAGUGGCAAGCCACCGCCCCCGCCGCCGGCCCGGACGCAACCCCGCCGGCGCCGUCUGCCGCGGCAGAAUUGCCCGACGACGCGAACCGUCCAAAGGACGACGCCAGCAGCACCAAGGACGAAGUCGAGGCUGAGGCCGACGCCGACGCCGACGCCGACGCUGAGGCCGAGGCCAGCAGCCCCGUGCCCCCGCCCCCCCUGUUCUCAGAGGAAGAGCUCGCGGAGCUGGAAUCCCUCCGCAAGACGACACAAGACUGGCUGCAGGAAAUGGAGCCCAAGCAGAACAAGCUCUCCAAGACGGACGACCCCGUCCUCCUCGUCAAGGACAUCUCGGACAAGAUCCGCAAGCUCGACCAGGUCAGCAUGGACAUGGCCCUCCGGGCCGUGCGCAACAUGGACAGCAAGACCAAGCGGGCAGCCAGAAAGCUGGCCAAGGCCAAGGGCCAGGACGGCGACGAGCCCGUCCGGGGCGACCGCUUCUCGCCAGAGCAGUUUGAGCAGCUGCUGAAAAAGUUCAAGACCAUGGACAAGGACAAGGACAAGUUCAAGGACAAGUUUAAGGACAAGUUCAAGGACAAGUUCAAGGAUAAGACCAUGGACAAGGACAAGGACAAGUUCAAGGACAAGUUCAAGGAUAAGACCAUGGACAAGGACAAGGACAAGUUCAAGGAUAAGACCAAGGACAAGGCCAGGGACAAGGCCAAGGACACGGCCAAGGACACGGCCAAGGACACGGCCAAGGACAAGACCAAGGACAAGCCCAAGGACAAGACCAAGGACAGGGCCAGGGACAGGGCCAGGGCUAGGAACAAGGCCAAGGAAAAGACCAAGGACCAGGGCAAGGGCAAGGACAAGGCCAAGCAGGGUCAGGAGGACGCGGCCGAGAAGCCCAAAAGCCAUGACGAGCUGUGA